AUGAGCACAACUUGUGAUGGAGCUUUGGGAUCUCAGUCCUCUGACCAAGCAUACGUGACCCUUUUGUACGGCGAUGAGUUCUUACUCGGCGUUCGCGUUCUCGGAAAGUCGAUUCGCGACACCCAUUCCACCAAGGACAUGGUGGUUUUGGUUUCUGACGGUGUCUCACACUACGCCAAGAAGCUGCUCAAGGCUGAUGGUUGGCUAGUGGAGCAUAUUAGUCUGUUGGCAAACCCUAAUCAAGUCAGACCUAAAAGGCUAUGGGGUGUCUAUACAAAGCUGAAAAUAUUUAACAUGACUCAGUACAAGAAAGUGGUAUAUCUUGAUGCUGAUACAAUUGUAGUUAAGAGCGUUGAAGAUCUAUUCAAAUGUGGAAAGUUUUGUGCUAACUUAAAACNCAAAUGA